AUGGCAGCUCCAGAUGAAUCUUACUUUGCAGCCUUUCCAUCAAAGCCGAAGCCUUAUAUUUCCUACGGCUUGACAUUUGAAAAGGCUUGUGCUCACCAUGCCGAGAACACGUUCCAUGCCUCGCACAUUUACGUCGUUGUGUCCAAGUCUAUUAGCAAGACCGAGGCCUUCACGGCCCUUCAGACAGCCCUCGCCAACAAGAUUGUUGGAGUUCGCUACGGCAUUCUUCCACAUACACCAUUAGAGGAUGUGCUAGCGCUAGCUGAUGAUCUGAAUGCGAAGAGCCCGGAUGUUAUCAUUACCCUUGGGGCGGGGUCAAUCUCAGAUGGUGUCAAGCUAGCUCGCCUCUUCGCAGCGAACGGGGUAUCGGACACGCAGAGAGCCUACGAUAUCUUCAACAAAUGUACCGUAGAUCUCGCUAACGUAGUCACGACCGCCGCAGGCGUUAAGCCGGCGACUAUUCCCGUUAUUAAUGUGCCGACGACCCUGUCUGCCGGUGAAUUUACUCCGUUCGGCGCGGCGACAAAUAUGCAGACAUUCGAAAAGAGGAACCUGAUCCACGAUGUCGACGCCAGCGCGCUUCUGGCUUUCCACCGGAGUCCGAGCAGUCGACCAUUGCACCGAAGGUCUAUAUGCCAAUUUACCUCACGCGAGCCCGGAGUUGACCGCCGAACUUUCAACGCCCUCCGGGACCUGCUGGUAGGCUUGCUGAAGACAAAACAGAAGUGGGAUGAUUUCGACGCGCGCUUACAAACACAACUCGCGCUCAAGACUGCUGUUCAAAACUUAUCCUGCGGUAUGGGAGCUAGCCAUGGUAUAGGACACCAGCUUGGUCCGAUGGGUGUAGGGCACGGCGAGACAAGCUGCAUUAUUCUUCCGUGUGUGAUGAAGUACAACUGGGACCACGGCGACGGAAAAGUUCGAGACUCCCUCCGAAUGGUAGCAUCAGCGUUCUGGGACGAGCCAGCCGUUGUCGAGGCCCUCGGUUUAAAGGCAGCGGAUAGGGACUCCACUAACCCGGGAGACCUGAUGGCAGCAUUCAUCAGCGCCCUAGGAUUGCCGCGGAGCCUGAGCCAAUUCAUAUCGGAAGCGAUAUGUUUGAUCUCCUAG